UGACCGUACACACGUACGUACAGUAGAACCAAAAGACCGCAGGAAGCUCCAUUGAACAAUAUAUUUCACCGUAGGCUAAGAUAUUUGUUAAUUAGUUCCUAAAUUUUUUACUUUAUAAAUAACUUAAUAAGAGAAAACGCCUGUUACACAAGAUGUCUAACUUCAACAAGCCAAUCGAUGCUAAACGUGAAAUGUUUAGAAAAUAUCUCGAACGGGCAGGUGUAAUGGAAGCCUUGACUAAAGUGCUGGUUUCACUGUAUGAAGAAACUGAGAAGCCUGAAGAUGCCCUCGAAUAUGUUCGCAAGAAUCUUGGAGAGAUAACUGACGCAGGGUCAGAGUUGGACAAGCUCAGAAAGGAACUAGAAGAAUCCAAGCAGACUAUUGCCAAUCUCAAAGAACGUUUGGUAAAAUAUGAGCCUGAUGAAAUUGUGGAGUAAUUGUUUGCUUCGACGAUGGAAAAAAUACCAAUACUAUCUAAUGCUAGUCCUUACAUGUUUCAUACUAGACCCAAACAAAAACUACCGAUAAAUGACAAAUUUAUCCUACUAUGUGCCUUAAAAGUUGAAAUAUACUUGUCGUUAGGUUUAAACUUUCAAUUGGUAUUUAGACGUAGUUCUAAUUGCUGGAGUAGUUAGAA